UCUUUCUCAUUUCAAGCUGGUAACAACAGAGAAAGGGAAUUUGAGAUCGAGCUUCAUACUUGAAUGAAAUUCGUCAUCAUUCAAACAGCUACAACCAAACCAAGGUGGUAUCUUCUCCGUUACCUCUCGUUAGAUGGAGUUCAAGCUCUUCUCUCAAAUUCAUGAGCACCAGAUCUUGAGGCAACAUCAAUGCAUCUGUGUGAGACUGUUGUAGUGUUAGAAUUUAUACGCAGGAGCAACGACAACAGAGCUACAAGGUUUGUUAUCGGCUCAAAUUGGUUUUAACCUAAAUUUUGGUCUUGAUUAAAUGGUGACUGUUUGGGGCGGUUCUGAGUUGUAAACGAAGAUGCAUAUGAAGUGCCAAGACUGAAACUUGGUUACAACAGAGCUAGGUCGUGAUGUUUGUUCGCUGUGAACGGAGAUUGGUUAAUUCCAUGAGCUUGAUCGAUGGAGAUUUGGGGGUUUUCUGUGGUGUUUUGGGUGAUUGCUGGAGUCGCAGAACAGCUGAAGAUUAAAGUUGUUGGUUGGAGUUGAUCGAAGCUGGUGGUGAUCGAAUUCAUUUAACGUUGGGGUAAUUUGAGCUGACUGCAAUCAAGAUUUAGAUGGGUCAACCUAAUUCUGGUGUUUCCCAAUGGUGUCUCUGUGGGCUGCGUUUCAGAUGCGAAUGAAGAAAUUUCAAGGAUGAAACUCAGUUGCAGAAAGAGACUCAACAACAAUUGUGAGUUGCCGUGAUCUGAAAGUUGGGUGUUGUGGCCAGGAUAGGGCGCCUAGACUGGUCUUUGUUGUUUUUCGUAGUCUGUUGCAAGAGGAGGAACUGACUGCUAUAUAAGCCAGCCAGGAGGAGGAAAAAGGAUACGGCGUUUACAAGGAAGAAACUAGGUACCUUUAUUAGUUAUUUUGGACUGCGUCAUAGGAAUUGGUAACGAUCUCAAAGAGAGUAAGUGCUUGAUUUAUUUGCAAAGCUUUUGCAAGGUAAGUACGAUUCAACUCUUUGCUUGUGGUUAGUGUAUGCGUGAUUUUCUGGUUGGUUGGGAUAGAAAUAAAUUUGCUUCAAUAUUUAUGGCCGGAACCGAUGAUGAGGGUGAAAACCCUCCAGUUAAGAGUUUGAGAGACUAUAUGUAUCCAAAUAGAGUCUCCUAACCUUCGUGCAUUGUUUUGCCUGCUACUACAACAACUUAUGAGAUUAGGACAAAUACCCUUCAGGCUCUUCCCAACUUUUAUGGUAAGGAGAAUGGAAAUCCUUAAUAUCACAUUAGAGACUUUGAAGAACUGUGUGAUACGGUUAAAAUUAAAAAUUUGUCUGAUGAAUACCUUAAACUUAGGUUGUUCCCUUUCUCAUUAAAGGAUAAGGAAAAAUCUUGGUUAGAUGCUUUGGCUCCUUUGUCGUUUAGCACUUGGGAAUACAUGACAAAACUGUUUUUGAACAAAUUUUUCCUUAGGCAUAAGACUUCUGCCAUCCGUCAGAAACUGAAUAGUUUUGUGCAACAACAGGGAGAAUCUCUUUGUGACUACUUAGAGAGAUUCCAUGAUCUUUUUUUGUAGUGUCCACACCAUGGAUUUGAUACUCUUUGGCUUACGUUGAUUCUUUACGAAGGCUUAGAUCAUAAAACUAUGACCACGGUAGAGUCACUUUGUGUUGGUAAUUUUUAGGAUAAAAGUGCUAAAGAGGGGUAUGCAUUCUUGCAAAAGGUAGAUGAAAAAACCCAAGAGUGGGAUGCUAAGGAACCAGUAAGUUCAAUUUCUAAUAGCUAAGGAGCGCACAGAGUUGAUAUUCAAUUUGAAUCUGACGCUAAAAUAUCUUCUUUGACAAGAAGGCUUGAAUCGCUAGAACAUAGUUCUAAACUAAGCCUUUUGUCGAGUCUUCAGACUAAACCUUUUAUGACGAUGGUAGUGAGCAAGUCAAUGCUCUCUAUCAAGAUAAUCGUCGUAAAUAUGACCCUUAUUCCAAUACUUAGAGAAGACCACUGCAAGGUCCAUAGCAAAUAUAGAACGACAAGUAGGUCAACUUGCUAGUCAAAUGAAUGAUAGAGACAAGGGAAAGUUCCCAAGUCAAACAAUGCCUAAUCCUAAGGGUUCUUUUGAGGUCAGCAUAUCUGAUGCUAAAUCCUCCGAUCAAGUCCAAGCUGUUACUUUCUUAAGAAGCGGACGGAUCAUUGAUAAUCAUGUUAGUAAUCCUAACGAAAAUGAGCAUGACAGGAACACACCCAUUGUGACGCAGGUUACACCUUAGGCACAAAAAGAAACCAAUGAACCUGAAAAAUAUGAAUCUGAAAAUACUUAUGUUCCGCGUGCUCCAUUUCCUCAACGAUUACUACCCCGUAAGAAAGGAGCUAGUUCUAGUGACAUCUUAAAAUUUUUUAAACAAGUUAAGAUUAGCAUUCCUCUUCUAGAUGCCAUUAAACAAAUUCCUUUGUAUGCUAAGUUCUUGAAAGAUAUGUGCACUAUGAAAUGUAAUUUGAAUGUGCAGAAAAGAGCUUUUCUUGCUGAACAGGUGAGCUCUAUUAUUACGCAUAAAACGCCGCCUGAAUACAAAGAUCCUGGUUGUCCUAAUAUUGCUUGCACUAUAGGAAAACACAAGAUUGAGCAUACUUAUGUAGGAGCUAGUGUGAAUCUUUUGCCUUAUUUUGUAUAUGAACAACUAGGACUUGGUGACUUGAAACCCACUAAUGUCACACUCCAAUUGGCUGAUAGGUCUAUUAAAAUUCCUAGAGGAGUGGUAGAAGAUAUUCUUGUGCAGGUUGAUAGCUUUGUUUAUCCUGUGGAUUUUAUUAUUCUAGAUACACAACCUGUGGCAGACCCUAGUGGUCAAAUUCCUAUUAUUUUAGGACGACCUUUCUUAGCAACCGCUAAUGCGAUCAUAAAAUGUAGGAAUGGUAUUAUGGAACUUACUUUUGGUAGUUGGAAAAUGGAAGUGAAUGUCUUUAUUGUUGCACGUUCUCCUCCUGAUUUUAAUGACCAUGAAACUGUUUGUAUGAUUGAUGAAAUUGUUCAUGAUACUUUCUUGCAGAAUCAUUUAGAAGAUCCAUUACAAGCAUGUUUAACUCAUUUUGGGGAGGAUAUAACUGAUGAUAGUGUUAUUUGUGAAGUCAAUGCAUUGUUAGAAUCCACCCCACUGCUGGACACUAGUAGUAAAUGGAAGCCUAAAAUUGAACCAUUUGUACUGUCCGAAUCUCGACUAGUUCCAUCAGUCGAGAAAGCUCCGACCUUGACUCUUAAGACAUUGCCUGACACUUUAAAAUAUGUUUACUUAGGCUCUGAAAACACUUUACCUGUCAUUAUUGCUUCUAAUCUCACACUAGAACAGGAAAGUAAGCUGGUAAAUGUCCUUAGAGAACAUAGAACGACUAUAGGUUGGUCCAUUAUAGAUUUGAAAGGUAUUAGUCCUAGCGAUUGUAUGUAUCAUAUCUACUUAGAAGAGAACUCUAAAACAUCUAGAGAAAUGCAACGUAGGCUAAAUCCUAACAUGAAAGAGGUAGUAAGAGAGGAAGUUCUGAAAAUGUUGGAUGCAGGUAUCAUUUACCCGAUAUCCGACAGUACUUGGGUCAGCCCUGUUCAAGUUGUACCCGAGAAAUCAGGAAUUACCGUAGUCAAGAAUAAACAUAAUGAAUUGAUUCCCACCGGCAGACCACCGGGUGGCGUGUAUGCAUUGACUAUAGGAGAUUGAACAAGGUCACGAGGAAAGAUCAUUUUCCUCUGCCAUUCAUCGACCAAAUGCUUGAGAGGUUAGACGACCAUAGUUACUAUUGUUUCUUAGAUGGUUACUCCGGUUAUAACCAAAUCCCUAUUUCCCCUGAAGACCAAGAAAAGACCACUUUUACCUGUCCAUUUGGGACAUUUGCAUAUCGACGCAUGCCAUUUGGGUUGUGUAAUGCACCCACCACUUUCCAGCGUUGUAUGUUAAGCAUAUUUUCUGACAUGGUAGAAAGGUUUAUUGAAGUUUUAAUGGAUGAUUUUUCUGUGUUUGGUUCUUCUUUCGAUGAUUGUCUCCAUCAUCUCACUCUUGUACUAGUGAGAUGCAAAGAGAAAAAUCUUGUGUUGAAUUGGGAGAAAUGUAACUUCAUGGUUCAGUCUGGAAUUGUGUUAGGUCACAUUGUUUCUUCCAAGGGUAUAGAAGUACACAAGGCUAAGGUUGAUUUAAUUUCUAAGUUGAAACUUCCACGUACAGUUACGGAAGUUAGAUCAUUCCUUGGUCAUGCAGGUUUUUACCGUCGUUUUAUUAAAGAUUUUAGUAAGAUCUCACGUCCUUUAUGCAAUCUUCUUGGUAAGGACGUUGCUUUUGUCUUUGAUGAAACUUGUGUUGCAUCUUUUGAGAAGCUGAAAUUGUUGUUAACUUCUGCCCCUAUUAUACAACCGCCCAAUUGGAAUCUUCCAUUUGAGAUUAUGUGUGACGCUUCUAAUUGCAGUUGGAGCUGUUUUAGGACAUCGCAAGGAUAAAGCACAACAUAUUAUUUACUAUGCUAGUAAGACAUUGAAUGAUGCACAAUUGAAUUACACCACUACUGAAAAAAGAACUCUUAUCGAUUGUGUUUGCUUUAUAAAAGUUCAGACCUUAUCUUUUAGGGUCUAAGAUCAUUAUAUUCUCUAAUCAUGCUGCAUUAAAGUACCUUCUUUCCAAGAAGGAUGCUAAACCUAGGUUGAUUAGGUGGAUAUUAUUGCUGCAGGAGUUUAACUUUUAUUUUCAGGAAAAGAAGGGAUCUGAGAACGUAGUGGCAGAUCACCUUUCUAGGAUCAUUUUAGAGUCUUCUAAUGAUGCCUUACCUUUGCAUGAAUCAUUUCCCGAUGAACAAUUGUUUGAUGUUUCGCAUUGGCCAAAUUCCUGAGCAUUGGUCGAAACAAGAUAGAACUAAAUUUUUAGCUGUGGUUAAGCAUUUUUUUUGGGAUGAUCCAUAUUUGUUCAAAUAUUGUCCUGAUCAGAUUAUUCGCAGAUGUGUGCCUAAUGAUGAAAUUAUGAGUGUUAUCACUUUUUUCCAUUCUUAUGCUUGUGGUGGCCAUUUUAGCUCUAAGAAAACUGCUGCCAAAGUUCUGCAAUGUGGAUUUUAUUGGCCUACUUUGUUUCAUGAUACUCAUGAGUUUUGUCGAAGUUGUGACAGGUGCCAAAAGCUGGGAAGGAUUACUAGGUGCAACAUGAUGCCACUGAACUCCAUAUUGAUAGUGGAAAUAUUUGAUGUAUGGGGAAUAGACUUCAUGAGACCUUUCCCAUCUUCAAACGGUAAUGUAUACAUCUUGUUAGUGGUUGAUUAUGUGUUUAAAUGGGUUGAGGCCAUAUCUACCAAGACGAAUGAUCGCAACGUUGUGAUCAAGUUCGUUAGAGAAUACAUAUUUUCUCGAUUUGGUACUCCUAGAGCCAUUAUUAGUGAUGGAGGGUCACAUUUUUGAAAUAGUUCCUUUAAAACUAUUUUAAGUAAGUACCCCAUUACUCAUAAAGUCUCUACACCAUAUCACCCCCAGACUUGUGGUCUAGUCGAAGUUUCUAACCGACAGAUUAAGCAAAUACUAGAGAAAACGGUGAAUCCAAAUCGUAAAGAUUGGUCUGCACAAAUUUUGGAUGCACUUUGGGCUUACCGAACUGCUUAUAAGACACCCAUUGGUAUGUCUCCGUAUCGACUUGUCUAUGGUAAGGCAUGUCAUUUACCGGUUGAGUUAGAACAUAAGGCCUAUUGGGCCAUCAAGACCUUUAAUGUUGAUUUGUCUACAACUGGGAAUCACCGUAAGCUUCAACUCAAUGAGUUAGAAGAGAUUAGGAAUGAUACAUAUGAGAAUGCAAAGCUUUACAAAGAGAAAACUAAAGUAUUUCAUGAUAAGUCGAUUAGUCGCAAGUCAUUUGAACCCGGGCAGAAAUUUCUCUUGUACAAUUCUAGGUUGCAUUUAUUUCCACGCAAGUUGAGAUCUCGUUGGACAGGCCCAUACUAUGUCAAAGAAAUUUUCCCUCAUGGGGCUGUCGAACUUGAGAAUAGAGAGUCUGGAAGUGUGUUUAAGGUGAAUGGCCAGCGAGUGAAACCAUUUCUAGAGCUCAUCAAUACCGAGGUGAAAACUGUCCUCCUCGAAGAUCCGAUCUAUCAAGACUAAAACUGUUUGAGUUAUUGUUGUUGUAUAUUUAGUAGAUUAUUGUUCCUUUUUACGUUUUGUUUUCUUUUUGCAGGGAAACAAAUGCCAAUUGCUUCACGGGAGUCAAUCCACCAGAUUUUUUCCCAUUUUCUUUACCUCUUGUUUUUAUUUGUUUGCUUUAGAUUUUUCCCAUCUUAACUUUACAUUGGAUGACUCAAUUACAUUGAGGACAGUGUAAUGUUUAAUUGAGGGGGAGUGGUUCACACUUCAGUUUUCUUUUCUUUUUUUUAUAGGUUUUCACCUUCAUUAGGAAUUCUCAAAAAAAAAAAAAAAAAAAAAAACUAUAUCCGGCUGUAGAGCGGAUACCCCCUAUCCCCUAUUAUAUCCAGUUGUAGAGUGGAUUUCCUAUCUCCUAUUUUAUUCGGCUGUAGAGAGGAUAACCCUAUCCCCUAUUAUAUCCAGCUGUAGAGUGGAUUUCCCUAUCUCUUAUUUUAUCCGGUUGUAGAGCGGAUACCCCUAUCCCCUAUUAUAUCCAGCUGUAGAGUGGAUUUUGUUUUGUUUUGCUCGGGACUAGCAAAAUAUAAGUGUGGGGGAAUCUGAUAAGCACGCAAGUGUGACACUUUUAUACCCACAUUUAUACUAGCUAGGUCUCGAUAUCUCGCUAAUAACUAUGUUUUAGAGCUUUUACAGGAAUUAUAAAUGAAUCCGUUCACCCGGAGAACUAAUGACCUAGAAGCUAAAUUGGUGCUUGCGACUUGCAAUGCAAGGAGUCGGAGCUUGUGGGCUCGCAAGCCAACAAUUUAUGGGACGCAUCACUUAAGCCAGGAGGUUGAACAAAGAAAUGAUGUCCUCUACCAAACGUGUGAGCUGCACAAGGGGGCUUAGAAAGUGAGACGUGUCCCAUUUUUCCACCUCUUCUUGUUCUUAUCAAAACAAGAAAAAGAAAUUUUCAUUUUCUUUCUCAUUUCAAGCUGGUAACAACAAAGAAUGGGAAUUUGAGAUCGAGCUUCAUACUUGAAUGGAAUUCGUCAUCAUUCAAACAGCUACAGCCAAACCAAGGUGGUAUCUUCUCCGUUACCUUUCGUUAAAUGGAGUUCAAGCUCUUCUAUCAAAUUCAUGAGCACAAGAUCUUGAGGCAACAUCAAUGGAUCUGUGUGAGACUGUUGUAGUGUUGGAAUUUAUACGUAGCAACAACGACAACAGAGCUACAAGGUUCGUUAUCGGCUGAAAUUGGUUUUGACCUAACUUUUGGUCUUGAUUAAAUGGUGACUGUUUGGGGCGGUUCUGAGUUGUAAACAAAGAUG